UAGCCUAACUCUUCUGAAACUACAUCUUGCUCACACUUGUCAUUCAUAAUAUCAUUCUUCCCUCAUGCCUUCAACACCUCGAGGUUACACACACUUUCCAUCGCAGGCCGACCUGUUUUACUACUUGACGACAUCGUCCACCUCUGAAGAGGAUUUAAACAUCGGCUACGCACCUCCUUCAAAAUCCUCAUUGAAGGUUGGGGUACUCGUUCUCACCCAAGCCCAACUCGGUCUCUUGGACCUAGCUGUGCCCGUCGACAUGCUCACAAUGGUGAGCCGAAACCAAAUUAGCAGAUCCAAUGCACCAGAAAGUGCUUUGGAAGAGGCCGUCGACGAGAUUGACAUUCGUUAUGUCAGCGAGACUGGAGGUUCAUUCCCUGUCACCUCCGGCGCUCGAAUAGGAGUGACGAACUCAUUCGACGACGCCCCUCAAUUCGACGUCCUCAUUGUCCCUGGCUCUUUCUCCUCCAUGGACGUCCCCGCAUCCGUGGCGGCCUUCAUCACACACCAAGCGCCCGAUCUCAUUGCAGUCCUUAGCAUAUCAUCCGGCAUUGCCCUCCUGGCCCAAACCAACCUUCUCCACGAAAAACGAGCCACGGGCCCGCCUCAACUUCUCCCAGCACUCCGCCAACGACGACCCUCGAUCCAUUGGCAGGAUUCCCCCUGGACGCGCCAGGACCGCAUCUGGAGCAGCAGCUCGGCAUUCACCGCCGUCGACAUGAUGACCGCGUUCGUACGCGAAUACUUUUGGGACCGCAGCGAGGCCGUCGAGUACGCCCUCGGUACUGCUGGUGUUCCGCGUCUCAACGAAGACGAGUCGUGAAUACGACCCAACACCCUUUUGGCGACCAUGGGUAGGCAAGAUCGGACGUCUCCAACCGGGAGGUCGAUCUUCUCUACCCUCGUUUCGACCCGACCAUACUUUGCUUUGCUUUAUACCCCACUCUUGUGCGCUAUGAUUCAGCACGUACACAGAGGUCGGAUUUUGUGUUUCCUUGUUUGUUUGUUUGUAAUUCGAUCGCUGUUCGGAU